AUGAGCUCGCUCGGCAAGGGCGCCAAGCGGCGCGCCGCUGACAAAUCUGUCAAGCGGAAGUCUGAGAAGAAAGAUAAAUCUGCCAAGCAGCCGGUGGAAUCCGAGUAUGAGCCGGUGUCUUGGGACCUCGCCGAUGACAUCCUAUCGCAAGUGGCCGCCAGCCGGCAGCAGCCAGCCGCUUCUGCGGAUGGCGAAGCCACCAAGCCCAAACGUAAGCGCUCUCGUGUAGAAGCGCCUAAAUUCGACCACUCCACCGAGCUGGCUAAGGAAUCCAACAUUCGUGAAACUGAGCGACGUAUAGCAGAGGAAGAGCUGUCGGCGACCCCCGACAGCGUUAUUGGGUUCGAGAAGCGCAUAGCUACAGGCGGCAACUCAGCGGCACUAUGGAUGGAGUACAUGGCCUUCCACCUGAAGAACGGCAGCCUAGAGGGUGCACGCGAAGUAGUCCGUCGUGGGCUUGAGCGGAUCGAUUUCCGUGCGUUGCAGGAGCGUCAGACGCUGUGGGUCGCCUACAUCAAUAUGGAAUGCCUAUUCGGUGACCGGGUAAAAGAGGUGUUCAAGGAGUCACUGCGUUUCAACCACCCCAAGACUAUGCACCUCAAACUGGUGAACAUUUUUGUUAAAAACAGACGAUUCGAGGAUGCGGUCGAAAUAUGUGAAUCGGCGCUGAAGAAGUUCGGCAAAUCCAAAAAGGUUGGCGCCUCGCUUCCACCGAUGGCACAUUUGAUGCAGAUAUGGAACACCUAUCUGCGACUGCUGUAUGAGCAUGUCGGUGACUUCGACAAGGCAAGAGAGGUCUACGAGAGGUGCCUCGUCCGUAUACCGAGCCACAAGAAAGUAUACAUGAUCACGUCGACUGCUUUGCUCGAGUUCAAGCAUGCAUCCGCCGACCGCGGCCAGAUGUUGUUUGAGAACUUGUUGCUGGACAAUCCACGUCGUAUGGACGUGUGGAUGCAGUAUAUCUGUGCGUACAUAAAGUUCCAGCUGGAGGGCUCGGGUAAGAAGCGCUCUGAGGCGCUCCGUGCGGUGCGCAACCUCUUCCUGCGGAUCAUCACGCUGGACCUGAAACCAAAGAAGAUGAAGGUCAUCUUCCAGAAGUGGCUGGAGUUCGAAUGCAACCACGGCGACGAUAAGUCGAAGGCGGUGGUUCAGCAAAAGGCAUUGGAGUAUGUGGAGCACAUGGAGGCGAAGCUGAAGCCUCAAGAAUAA